UUGGGUUUUUUUAAUAUUCGUAUUAAGGCUUUCAUAUCUGUAAAUAUCAGCUCGGGAGAGACUGUUGGAGGCCUAGAGUCAAGUGAUCCUCCACCGAAUCCAAUUUUCUUAUGUGUUGGUACAGCUGUCAGUGCUAAGUAUCGAGGAGCAUUUUGUGAAGCAACCGUCGAAAAAGUUGAGCCCAACUGUCGACUUCGAGUUCAGGCUAAACACAACAAGACGGUAUUGUCUGUAGAUAAAUCAGCUAUGGUUUCUGGAAAGCUUGAACCCAACGCUGAAAUAAUGGUUAAACCAGCUGGCUGCUCUGAACCUUUUUCCGCAGUGAUUUUGAGAAUUUUGGACAUGAGUACAUAUACCGUCGUAUUCGAUGAUGGUGAUAAGCGGUCCCUAAGGAGGACGCAGCUAGUAAUCAAAGGAGAAAGACAUUUUAAAGAAAGCGAGUCACUUGACCAGUUGCCCCUCACAAAUCCUGAGCAAUUUAAGCAGCCCGUGAUAGAUCGACGAAGGAAACGUCGUUCAAGUGGUGGUGGUACCGAAACUGGUGAGUCGGAUGAUUCGGAGGUAGAUAAAGAUCCUGAACUCAAGGUUUGCAGUGUUGCCUUGCCCGACUUAGAUCUCUCGACCAAAGCUUCUUUGAAUGACUCUAAAAAAAAACAAGAUUUAUCAGAAGAUUUUCAGUUGCUUCCAAUUGAUGGAGCAUAUCAAUGUUUUGAGCAUCGAGAAAUUUCCCCGUUAAAAUCUGAAUCUCGUGGUCUUCAGGGUAGUAAUAUCUGUGGACCAAACCCUUCUCACGGCUCUAAUCCCAAGUGUAAUAAAUCACUAUCCUCUCAAAUCCGUCCGAGAAAAGGUGGAAAGCCAGAAACGCCAUCUAAAUCUACAGAAAAAUCGGGCAACCACUCGAAGCCUAAUGAAAUUAGCCGGAUUCCCGCAUAUCAGAAUUUGCUUGGUCGAUUGGUCAUGCUAGACAUGCCUCUCGUGUCCGGCAAAGAAUAUUUUAACAUAAGUAUCUGUUUUAUCAAAGCAUUUGUUUCUGAAGACGCCUAUUCUGUCAAUAUCACCAAUUUCUAA